GGUGGAUUUAAUGAUAACCAUGAUCUGACUAUCGACAUUCUCGGCACGGAGGAUUCCAUCCAUCCAUCCGUCCACUUGAUCAUCCAAUCCACUCACUGCAGCACUGCAGUGCACACAUUCGUUCGUCGGUCAACCGCAACAAUCACAUGCCUCCCUGCCUGCCUCCCUGGCUGGCUAGGCCGGCCUCUCCUUCUCUCCGCUGGCUGUGUGCAUGCACGUAUGUACGCGUGUGUGAGUCGGUCCAUGCAUCCCAUCUAUCAGGCGGGUCGCAUUUGUGAGUUUAUGGCCUCAGGCAUCCCAUCCACCAUCAAAGGGAUUGUCGACUGACCCUGGUGGAGAUCGGCCCUGAUGUGAUUGAUGUACAGUCACACACAGAGACAGACACACAGACGUGCGCAUCGAUCGCAUCAUGCCCAGCGUUGGUUGAUCCCUUGUCAUGUCACCCAACCUCCCUCCCUUUUUUUAUUCAUAUAUGCGGGCCGACCUGAAGACUCUGAAUUUGUCCUGCAUUGUGUUGCGGGACGCCACAAGCACCUGCAGUGCACCCACACACAUUCAUCCACACACGACACCCUCACACAAGUGUAUGUAUGUCUUUUCCAGCCGGCCUCUUGUGUCCGUCGAUUGCAUUGCCCACCCACCACUUUGCCUCCGGCAUUUUUGCCCUCAAUGGUGUAGGUGGCGUUGACAAAGAGAGUCCGCUGCGGACCAACUACAUAUGCCCACACACACACACACACACACACACAGGAAUGGAUGAAGCAGCCAGCCAACCAGCCAGCCGUUGGGGCACGUCGCGUCUCGCAUACCCGCCGAGAGGAUGCUGCAGAGGCAGCGGGGCGACCAAAGCGGGCGACAGACGAGAUGCAGAUAGACAAGGAGACAGAUCAUUAUUAUAGAUCCAUCCCCCGUGACUAGUGACCGACGCUCACCUUGGUCUUCCGCCGAUAACGGCCCGUAUUUGUGGAUGGUUCUGAGCACACAGCAGAGUGGCCAGCCAAUGAAGGGGCCAGGCCACACUCCAGCAGUGUACCAAUACGAAUCUGCGACCGAACCCCGCCCCCAUGGCGUCUUUGAUCUUGUUGUACAAGUGCAGCCCACCAAAUCCAGCAACCAACAACUGCAGUGCACCCAGCCAACAAUACAUUCAUCAAUUGAUCCAUUCAUCCAUCCAUCCACAUCCAUCCAUGGAAGCCUGCCUGCAUCAUGUAUGUGUCGUGUCUGUCCCUGGGUGCGUGCUCGUCCCACCUACCGUCGCAACAAUCAUGGCGUACAUGACAAAAUACUUCGGCCGCUCUCGCAUGUGCGCCGAAUCGUGGGAGAAGAACGCCUCUGAAACACAAAUCCAUACAUCCAUCCAUCCACGAAUGACGUCGGGACACCGGCAGGCACUUUGCUGCCCAUCCAUGCCAUCCACCGUGCCGAUCAACAGGUGUCCCUACCGAUGUCAGGGUGGCUGUAAGGGUGUCCGUGCAGUAUGACAGUCUGGUUGUAGUCGCCCUGUGGACACAGCACCACACUCUCAAGUAUCCACCUCGACGGCACACCCGACCGGUAGUCAACACCACCACCAGACCGACGAGCCACAGACACAGAACCACUCUUAUGUUUGGCCUCUGAUCGAUCGAUCGAUGGACGAAGCGCACACACACAGCCAGACACAUGAGUGAGUGCCGCUGCCAAGUCGUCCAUUGGUCUCACUUGUGGGUGGUUCGUCCGCAGGCUCGUCGGGCUGGCUGCUCGGCAGCUGGCAGGCAGGCACAGACAGACACGGAAGGAAGGAACACAGACAGACAGACAAACAGACAAACAGACAGACAGGCAGCCAUAGGCGUGCGUGUCACGAUUAGCUGCAUGGGGCUGCUGCGCCCCAUAUGCCUUGCCUACCUUCUUGUACACCAUGUUGACAAGCUUGGUAAUUUUCUCCACGAUAAGGUUUUUGAUCUCCCAGGGGUGCUCGUAGUAGUGUAUGAGAAAGGACCUUGCCGGCAAAGAGGGGUCGUCCUCAAACAUGUCGUCGUCCUGGUCCUUACUGCCACUCCCGUCCUUGGUCUUGUUCUUCUUGUAGGCGCCUUUGCCGCCGCCCUCCUGCAGGGCCAGCAGGGGACUCAAACUACGCCGACGGGCACCUAUCAACACCUACACGCACACACACGGGGACGGACGGACGGUGUGUCUGGUCUGUAACCGAUUGGCUGAGUGACAGAGAGACCGACUGAGUGACCUGUGCAGUGCCAUUUGGCCCAGUGAGUUUGACCUCUGAUCGUGCGUAGAACUUCAUUGAGUCGAGAGUGCACCGCCGGAAGGGCGACACUGACACAGGCGCACCCACGUGACGCUCCACCGAGCUGUCGUGCUGCACCCACCACCACAGACACACAGCACAGACAGAGAGAAAAGAAUGAACGACAUAAGGCGGCCCACGUGUGGUGAAGAGUAUAUAUGUGUGUAUGUGUGGGUCGCAUGAUGAUUGUCUGUCUUGCCUUGAGCCCGUCGAGCACAGGCGUCAGGUAGGAGUGGUUCUUGUCCUGGUUGAUGUAUCCCUGGACCGCUGAUGACACCGCAGCAGCCACUGCCACGCCCCACGCUCCUGCUAUCGUGUAAGGCACGUUCUCGGGAACCCACAAUGAGCGCAACUGCAAACACACAGCCAAGCGCGGGACAACAAAUGGAAGGAUCUGAUAGCGCAGUGUGUCAUGCAUGGGCUGACUUCUUACCAUUCUGCAUCAGAUCUCCGAUCCUGCGCGACCUGGGU